AUGGCGGACAAUCUCCCUUCGGAGUUUGAUGUGAUCGUAAUAGGGACGGGUUUGCCUGAAUCCAUCAUUGCAGCUGCAUGUUCAAGAAGUGGCCAGAGGGUUCUGCAUGUUGAUUCAAGAAGCUACUAUGGAGGAAACUGGGCCAGUUUUAGCUUUUCAGGUCUGUUGUCCUGGCUAAAGGAACACCAGGAAAACACUGAUAUUGUGAAUGAAUGCCCAGCAUGGCAAGAGAAGAUCCUUGAAAAUGAAGAAGCUAUUGCUCUUAGCAGGACAGACAAAACAAUUCAACAUGUGGAAGUGUUUUGUUAUGCAAGUCAGGAUUUGCAUGAAGAUGUCGAAGAAGCUGGUGCACUACAGAAAAAUCACGCUUCUGUGACAUCUGUGAACUGCACUGAAGCUGCAGAUUCUGCCUGCCUGCCUAUAGAAGAUGAGUCAUUAAGAACUACAAGCUGUGAAAUACCGGCAGAACAAACUCCAAGCAGUGAUCCAGAGAGAGCCCUAGAAGUAAAUGAUGUUCAAGUGACAGGGGAAAAAGAAAACAAUUGUGAUGAUAACACUUGUGUGCCCUCAACUGCAGAAAAGGAAACAAGUGAAAAUGUGCCUGUGUCCGAAGACACAGCAGAACAGCCAAAGAAAAAUCGGAUUACUUACUCUCAAAUCAUUAAAGAAGGCAGGAGGUUUAAUAUCGAUUUGGUAUCAAAGCUAUUAUAUUCUCGAGGAUUGCUGAUUGAUCUUCUAAUCAAAUCUAAUGUUAGUCGAUAUGCAGAGUUCAAAAAUAUUACCAGGAUUCUUGCAUUUCGAGAAGGAAGAGUGAAACAGGUUCCUUGCUCCAGAGCAGAUGUCUUUAAUAGCAAACAACUUACUAUGGUAGAAAAGCGAAUGCUAAUGAAGUUUCUCACAUUUUGUAUGGAGUAUGAGGAACAUCCUGAUGAAUAUAAAGCCUAUGAGGAAAUUAAAUUUUCUGAAUAUUUAAAAACUCAAAAAUUAACCCCCAACCUCCAAUAUUUUGUCCUGCACUCAAUGGCAAUGACAUCAGAGACAGGCAGCAGUACCAUAGAUGGUCUCAAAGCUACCAAAAACUUUCUUCAGUGUCUUGGACGAUAUGGCAACACUCCAUUUUUGUUUCCUUUAUAUGGUCAAGGAGAACUCCCUCAGUGUUUCUGCAGAAUGUGUGCAGUGUUUGGUGGAAUCUAUUGUCUUCGCCAUUCAGUACAGUGCCUUGUUGUGGACAAAGAAUCUGGAAAAUGUAAAGCAAUCAUAGAUCAGUAUGGUCAGAGAAUAAUCUCUAAGCAUUUCCUUGUGGAAGACAGUUAUUUGUCUGAGAACACAUGCUCACAUGUGCAAUACAGGCAGAUCUCCAGGGCAGUCUUGAUUACAGAUAGAUCUGUUCUCAAAACAGAUUCAGAUCAACAGAUUUCCAUUUUGACAGUGCCAGCAGAGGAACCAGGAACUUUUGCUGUUCGAGUCAUUGAGUUAUGUUCAUCAACAAUGACAUGCAUGAAAGGCUCAUAUUUGGUUCAUUUGACUUGUUCAUCUUCUAAAACAGCAAGAGAAGAUUUAGAACCAGUUGUGCAGAAAUUGUUUACUCCAUAUACCGAAACGGAGAUAGAAAAUGAAGAAAUUGAAAAGCCAAGACUUCUAUGGGGUCUUUACUUCAAUAUGAGAGAUUCUUCAGAUGUCAGCAGGAACUCUUAUAAUGAUUUACCAUCAAACGUUUAUGUCUGCUCUGGCCCAGACUGUGCUUUAGGAAAUGAUAAUGCAGUCAAACAGGCUGAAGCACUUUUCCAACAAAUCUGCCCCAACGAAGACUUCUGUCCUCCCCCACCGAAUCCUGAAGACAUUAUCCUUGAUGGAGACAAUUUACAACCAGAGGCUUCAGAAUCCAGUGCCUUACCAGAGGCCAACUCAGAGACUCCCAAAGAAAGCUCAAAUCUGAAAAACCCAGAGGAGUCCUCUAAAUAAUGAGUAUAUGCCAAACUGGAUACCACACUGUGGAAAAUCCUCCUAGCC